CUGCGCUCCUGAUGACGCCUGCUCCGACCAUGCCUGGAUCCCUAUUUCCCCGUUCCGCCUCUCUUAUGCCCGAAACAGUACCUCGGAAACAUCAGCGCGCUGUCCCGCGCCUACGCACACCAACCCCGCCCCCUCCGCCCAUUGAGCCGAUCGUGGAGGAGGCCGAACCGGAGACCGCACAGAGUGAACACGAGGAAUCAUCUCGACGAGGACGGACGCUGAAAACGCGUACCGACCAGACGAGAGAUCGAAGUGCCGAGGUUGCAGCGCCUUCUCCCGUGCGCGAGUCUUCCCGCCAUAGCAAUGCCUCCGGCAGAGAUGCGAGCAGCUCGAGGAGGUCCCUUGAUGAGCCGGUGGAACCCGUGCAUCGACCGCGGUCGUCGAAGGGCAAGGAACGCGCAUGGGACACCUCCGGAGAGGUACGAGUCCGGGGCAAGGAGCGGGAAUUACAGGAGGCUAGAGAAGAGCAUGAACGGCAUAGCCGCGAUCGUGGUGACGGCGAGCGUGAUCACGACAAGCAGCGCAUCCGGAUGCUGGAAGAGGAAGUCGCGCGGCUCCGAGCAGAACUCGCAUUGAAGAACAGCAACAGCAUGAUGCCUCCUCCCCCGCCACCACCGCCUCCGCCUCCUCUGUUCCGCUCACAGGCACCUUCAACACUGUCUGGGGAGAGCGGGAACUUCCUUGCAUCUGCACGUGCAGGUCUGAAGCGGACUGAGCCUCCCGUUGAAGCCCCGAUUAACAGUGUGGCAUAUGGCGCACGCACGAAGAAGACGGGGCAGCCGACAGUCAACGUGCCGUCAGACAAGAUGGCGGCGUUCCUGCGGGAAAUGAAGACCGUGCGAUUACGGCGGGUGGGAGGACUAACCGGCAAUACGUCUAUGGGUCCUCCUGCGAGCACGGCGAGAGCCGCAGGAGCGGGAGUGAGCGAGCUAGACCGCAGUACGAUUUCGACUAGGAUGAGCAGGGCGAGGAUGGCGGCUACGCUGGGAGAGAGAUCAUUCGAUCUAGGCGUGGCUGCUAGCCUAGAGACCGGCGCGAAGAGGAAAAGAAGCGUAGUUGAAGAAAGCAGUGCGGGCCCUUCCAAACGGCGAGAGACGAACCGGCUGGCAGAAACGAGGCCGUCAGCUCCGAGCUCGCAGUCGCUUCCCUCGAGCUCGCAGUCUUCCGCCUCCAGCGCGAACUCGUCCUUUUCCUCGUCAAGUGGUCGGACUUCGAGCUCGCGCACGAACUUCUUCGAGGCUGCUCCGCCCCGGACACAGCCACCGCGACCCAAGACGAACGCACCGCUACGGAUAUGGCCGACAGCCUCCACCGCGGAAACGGACCUCACGACGCCGUCACUAUGUUCGGACAACGAGAAUGAGCAGUCGUCGCAUGACGACAAGCUUCCGGACACACCCUCUGACUCGGGACGGAACCGUACCGAGGAGAAAUCCGCCGCCCCGCCCGAACGCGUGCCUAAACUAGAGCCGGAACACGAAAUCAUCGACGUCGAUGCGCUGGAGACGCCCGCGAGACCGCAGCCCUCAGCUGCGAAUAAGAGGGAUCUAUUCGCGCGGCGCCCACCCGCGUCGCCACUGCCCGCCUCGGCGAAGUCGCCGGACAAGCCUAAGCCGCCUGCGCGCGCUGCGAAGUCGAAGAUCCCGCUGGCGCUGCCGAGAAGGGUGCCUGUGGUCGACGAGGGGUCCGAGAGCGACGAUCCCCUUGCUGGCCCGCCGUCGCGGCCCGAAAGUCGUGCCCGGAGCUAUGCCGCUCGCGAUGACGCGCCCCGCGCAGGUCCGUCGCGUGUACGCAGAGAUCUAGAGUCAAGCCCGUCACCGCCUGCACGGAGCCAGCCGCGCGCAGUGGGCGGCGACGCACCGUCGGAGGGGCGGAUGACGAACCACGCGCGGAGGCGGCUCACGCUGGACGACGAGCUGCGCCGGGCUGGGGACACGCUGUGGCAGCCGUCGGAUGAGGAGGAUGCGGAUGCGGCGGGGGCUCAGGACGAGUCCGAGCCGGACGUGGACAGCGGGGAGCUCGUCGCGAUGGGCACGCGGAGCAGCAAGCGGGGGUUCUUGGCGAGGGGCGGCGGGGCGGGUGCGCCUGUGUUCAUGGGCGAGGGGUAUGUGCAGGGCGCGUCGGCGGCGGAAUGGCUGGCGACGCGCGCUGAGCGGUCGAGGAGCGGGACGGGCGAGAGUGGCUCGAGGAAGCGGCGGUGAGGACGUGUACGUGCAGUCGGAGCAGUGGGUAUGUUGGACAUGCGCGUGGGGAUCUAGUCGUCGAUUUGUCUGUCUUGCUCUCGAUUUGUUGUCUUGUUUCGCAGAUAUCUAUAU